UCAUCUCUGGCCUGAUCAUCUAUAACUAGCUAGCUCCAUCCCAAGAAACUAAAACUGCAAAAACAUCUUCCCUAAGAAAACAUCAUGUCAGGAGUUUGGGUUUUCAGCAAUGGCGUAUAUCGCCUAAAUCCUCAAGCGGAAUCCUCCGAUGGAAAGCAAGGUAGUAGUUCAAAGAAAAAGGUUUUGGUGCACUUACCAACCGGAAAGGUGGUAUCAUCUUACUCCUCCCUCGAGCAAAUCUUGACCGGGUUAGGGUGGGAGAGGUAUUACGAAGGUGACCCCGACCUCUUCCAAUUCCACAAGCCACCUUCCAUCGACCUAAUUUCUCUUCCUUGGGAAUUCUCCAAGUUCUGCUCCAUUCACAUGUACGAUAUUGUCGUUAAAAAUCCCAAUAUCUUCCACGUCCGAGAUAUGUGAUCAGCAAGUCCUAGCCGCUCUCACGUAC